AGAGUCGGGAGGCCGAUCCUGGAACCGGUCGGAGUGAAAGAUACAGGCGACCUACGUCACCGGGAAAAGGAUACAGGCGACCUACGUCACCGGGAAAAGGAUACAAGAGCCAGCGCCUUCAUCUCCGCCAGUCUGCUGUCGCCAUGUCGAGCUUUAAGCUGUCAGAUCUGCCCUGGGGGGCUCUUCACGGACGGGUGAAAGUGAAGAGCUCGGCCGAGCAGCAGGAGGCCCAGCGGGUGGAGAGAAGCCGCAAGCUGGAGGCUUACCGGAAGGCGACCGAGGCCAUGCAGAGGAAGCGGACAGCUCAGCAGUACGACCAGGAGGCCCUGGAGCUGACAGGACAGAUCCUGAGCACCAACCCAGACCUCGCCACCUUCUGGAACAUCCGCAGGGAGAUCUUCCUGCACAUGGAGCAGGAGAAGUCGGAGGAGGAGUUGAAGGACCUGUACCGGGCUGAGCUAACCUUCCUGGAGAGCUGUCUGCGGGUCAACCCAAAGUCCUAUGGUACCUGGCACCAUCGGUGCUGGGUUGUGGACCGCCAGCCGGGCACCGACUGGGGCCGCGAGCUCGAGCUGUGUGCCCAGUGCCUACAGCAGGAUGAACGCAACUUCCACUGCUGGGAUUACCGCCGGUUUGUCGCGCUCCGGGGGGCCGUCCCCCCCGACCAGGAGCUGGACUUCACCCACAAGCUGAUCGGCUCCAACUUCUCCAACUACUCUUCCUGGCACUACCGCAGCACCCUGCUGCCCCUGGUCCACCCCCACCCCCAGGCCCGGGGCCAGGUGGCUGAGGACGCCCUCCUCCGAGAGUACGAAUUGGUCCAGAACGCCUUCUUCACCGACCCCAACGACCAGAGUGCUUGGUUCUAUCAUCGCUGGCUGCUUGGAAGAGCCGAGCGUCCAGAGUCAAUCAUCUGUCUCUACGCUGACUUCAUCGAGCAGCGGCUGGUGGUCGUCUUCAGCCGGCCCAUCAACCCUUGGCAGGUUGCUGUGGAAGACAGCCGACUGUCGCUGAGGGUGGACAACCGACCAGUCAUGGCCUCCUGGAGCCCAGCUGAUGGACACAGCAACUACAGCCCCGUCUGGAUGUGCGAGCUGCCACCGGGGACGCUGAACGUCCAGUUCCAGGAUCAGUCUGUCAGGGUGACCUGGGGGCCAGACAGAGCGGGCAAAGAGUGUUUCUGCAUGGACAGAGUCCGGGGUGAAGGUUGGUGCCGAGAUUCAGCCACAGAUGAACAGCUAUUCCGGAGUGAGCUCUCGGUGCAGAAGGCCACGGUGCUGGAGUCAGAGCUGGAGUCGUGUAAACAGUUACAGGAGCUGGAGCCCCACAACAAGUGGUGCCUGCUGACCAUUAUCCUGCUGCUGCGAGCUCUGGACCCUUUGGGCUAUGAGCGCGAGACGCUGAGCUACUUCCAGCAGCUGACAGCGGCCGACCCCCUCCGCACCGCCUACCUCGCCGACCUGCGCAGCCGCUUCCUGAUAGAGAACGCUGUCCUCAAGAUGGAGUACGCCGAAGCCCGGGUCAUUGACCUUGCCAACAAGGGCCUGACCACCCUCUGCCACCUGGAGCAGCUCCUGUUGAUCACCCACCUCGACCUGACUGGGAACCGGCUCAAGGCUAUCCCCCCUGCUUUCCGCGCACUGCAGUGUCUACAGGUUCUCCAAGCCGACGGAAGUGAGAUUGAGCAGAUCGAGGGCCUCUGGAACCUCCGUAAGUUGGAGGAAGUUUCCCUGAGGGAGAACUGUCUCCGGGAGCUGGACGACCUGCGACCUUUGACCUCCUGCCCCCGGCUGGCCAGCCUGCAGCUCUCGGGGAACCCCCUGUGCCUGGGGGAAGGGGCAGCAUCUCUGGUUCGCUCCCUGCUGCCCGGAGUCCCCGAUGUCCUGCUGUGAACCGAGGAAGGGUAGCCUCACCCCCUGCAACCCCCACCAUUCCUCUCAUCAGGAGGAGGAGUAGCAGCCAUCCCGGGGAGGGAGGGGGUCACCCAGCCACCAUCUGUCCUCCUGUGACCAUCCACUUUCCCUCCCCGGCACCCGUGCAUCUCUCUGCCAAUGAUUGGUUAUCCUGGUUGAUUACUCAACAUGUGAUUGGCUCUCUUGAAGAGUGACUCAACAAUCCAUUGCCUCUCCUGUGAUUGGCUGUCCUGGCGACCAGUAGCUUGGUUCGUAAUUGGUUUGCCUUGGCGAUCCAUUGCGCUCGCUCUCUCUCUCUCUCUCUCUCUCUCUCUCUCUCUGUGUGGCCGGUUACCCUGGUGAUCCAUCACUUAGUCUACAGCUGGCUGACCUGGCAAUCCAUCGCUCUGUUUUCGACCCUGGAUCUGCGGCGCUCUUGGAUCCUUGACGCUCCAUUGGUCCGCCUGGGGCAGAGGCGAUCCAAUCACGGGCCAGAUGGCGCUCAUUUGCAUCUCGGGCAGGGCUCCACCCACAUGUCCGACAGGAUCCUGUCGCCAAUGGGCAGUUUGCGUUAGGAGCCUAAUGAUGUCCCAUUAUGUGGUCCUAUCCCACCCCCGAUCUGACCUGCCCCCUCCAACAGCCCUCUGCUGACCUGGCUUUGCCCCUUGACCUCACCCACCCCUCCUGAUCUGAUCCUGCCCCCUGACCUUGCCCUUCCCCAGCACCUAUCCCUAAGUCCAAGUUCAGUUUAUUAACAUUCAACCGACCACAUGUAUACAACUGAACGAAUCACCGUUCCUUCAGACCAAAAUGCACAACACAGCACAUAUAACUCACACACAUAACACAGAAGGUAAUAUUACCACAAAUAAAUUUACAAGUAGUAAGAUGCACAUACAACCCAAGGUAAAAAGUAAACCGUAUAACACUCCUGGCCCUUCAUGUGUGAUGAGGCCUGGGCGAUGACAGGGAGUUCAGCAGCCUCACGGCCUGGGGGAAGAUGUUGUUUCCCAUCCUAACAGUCCCUGUCCUAAUGGUAUGGUCCCUCCGGCCUGAUUGUGUGGGGGGGGGGGGGGCGCGGUCAAAGAGAUUGUUGGACGGAUGGCAGGGAUCAUUGACCAUGCUGAAGGCCUCUCCUACGCUGCGCUCCGGACAAAUAUCUCUGAUGGGUGGAAGAGAGACCCACGGGUGGGUGUGUUUCAGGGCACGAGGGGAGAGUUGUGGGAGGGCACGGGCGUUGGAAGUGACUUUGGGGAUGGGUAGGGGGUCAGAUCCCAUUCCCCAACCUCUCGCCGUGGAUCUCAGCCUGUGGAAGUAUCUCAAUAAACCUGC